UUUCAUAGACCAAAUCGCAAAAACCUUACCUGCAAAUCUGCAAUGUUACUACUCUCCAUAGAAAACUGAAAAACAAAUGGCCUAAAGCAUAACAUACACUCAAAGAACUUUGUACAUGCCUAGUUUUUGCCAUCUUAUUUGGAUAUUUGAUGUUUAGUUUUGUUUAAUUGUUUCAAAGGCCCAUUGUUUAGUUGGCUCAUACUUCUUUCAAUACUCUACAUCUUUGUUAUAGUCUUCACUACAGGAUCCAACGGUCAUUUUCAUCUUUGUUAUAGUCUUCACUACAGGGUCCAACGGUCAUUUUCUUGUGACCGUUGCUGACAGUUGUCAUUACACUUGUAUAUAUUGUAAAUUGUUCUCUUUCAUUAAUAAGAAUGAUAAGGACUAUUUACACCCCAGAGAUGAUUAAAUACACCCCAAAAUCACAAAAAACACACAAUCUAAUAAUACCCCGUGUGACCCUACCAUGUAACAUUUCCCUCCAUCAUGUCUUUCUCCUUCUUCACUCCCUCUCUAUCUCCUUACCAAACCACGAAGAGUUCGACCAAGAAGAGGUUACUCAAGAAAACACCCUCAACAAAAGCAGGAGUCCUUGCUUAUUUUCUAUUUCAUUAUUGAAGCAAGAUCUGUUCUGGGAAGAUGAGGAGCUCCUCUCUCUCUUUUCCAAAGAACAAGAACAACAGAAGCAGAAUUAUCUGAAACAGGACAAUUUGAUAACAGAUUCUUCUCUUUUUCUGGCUCGUCAAGAGGCCGUGGAAGGGAUUCUUAAGGUCAAUGCGUGUUAUGGGUACUCAGUUCUCACUGUAGUCUUGGCCAUAGACCAUCUUGAUAGGUUCCUCUGUAACCCUUGUUUUCAGAAGGAUAAGCCAUGGAUGGUGCAGCUUGUGGUCGUGACCUGUCUCUCUUUGGCUGCGAAAGUUGAGGAAACUGAAGUGCCCCUUCUUCUAGACUUCCAAGUGAUGGAAACUAAGUAUGUGUUUGAGCCCAAAAUGAUUCAGAGAAUGGAACUCUUGGUGCUCUCUGCACUCAAAUGGAAGAUGCACCCAGUAACCCCACUUUCAUUUGUGGAUCACAUCGUGAGGAGGCUUGGAUUGAUGAACCAUGUCCACUGUUGAUUAUAUAUAUAUAUAUAUA